AUGAACCACAGUUAUUACAAUAAAUCCAACAGCAAUUUAACUCCUGGCAAAGCAAAGUCACAACACGUAACUUAGAUUUAGUUAAACAUCAGCAAAUAUAUUAGAGAUUCCUCUACUGAAAACUACAAAAAAGGAGAUAAUGUAUUGAACACAUUAAUCCAACAGUCUUAAUAAGCAAUACAAUCAGCUAGACAAUUUAGUAUUGAUAGACCGAUUAAGACUUCUCCAAUUGAAUCCUCUCCACAUAUUCAAAAAAAAGUUAUCAGCACUUCCUAAAAUUUGUCUUCCUAAAUUAGAAAAAGCACAGAAUUACAACCAAGAAGCAGUGCAUAGUUUGAUAGACUACUUAAUGAAAAUACUUCAUUGUUGAUGCGCAUAUAAGAAUUAGAAUAAAAAAAUCAAUUAUUAUAAAUGAAAUGCUAGUGCAGCAACCAGAACAAUAAAAGAUCAUAAGAAAAUGUAUACAAAAUAGCAAAUUAAAAUAAGGGUGAGCUAGAUGAAUUCUUGCAAUCACAUCAUUGUAAUGAAAAUGAAAAUAGAAUAUUAAAAGAAUUAAUAAAUAGGUAAUCCUCUAUUAUGCAUAUCCCAUCAGUUAUUCAAACACUUUCACUUAUUAAAUGA